AUGUCGCGUAAGUACGAGCCCGACGCGGUGGCGGACACCCCCGCCGCCGCCUCCUGGACGCACGCCCUGGCUGGGUACGACGAGACGCUUCGUUCUCGCGGCUCGACGUUCCGUCUGACGUUUCCGCUCGAUCAGUUCAAGCGCCCCAUCCACGAUCCUCGGUCGACGUCUCGCGCCACCGCGCUCGCGUCCGCGGCGUGGUACCUGGGCGUGUUCGCCUUCGCGGCGUUCGCCGUCUACGCGCACGUCACGCGCCCGACCGUGACGAACCUGGUCCUCCUGCCCUCGACCGCGCUCCCCCCGCUCCCGCUCACGCUUCGCACGCGAUGCUCCUCCCCGUGGGCGUGCACGCCGGGCGCGACGCCGCUCCCCGGCGCGACGCACAUCGGCCCGUGCCGGUACGAGAACCCCUACAACCGCACGUACGCGUGCGCGAAGCACGCGCACAACAUCCUGGACGGCCCCGAGCUCGACGCGAACGGCGCCGAGGUCUGGCCCAACCUCACCGACACCCCCACGAGCGCCGGCGCCGGCGGACGCCGACGUCUCCUCAACGACCACCUGUGGACGUGGACGCGCGCGGCGACGGCGACGCAGGCGUACAAGUCCCCCACCUCGCGGUGCGACGCCGAGCGCGUCGCCACGGUCACGAGCUGGGGCGCGGAGGCGAGCGCCCUGGACCUCACAGACGCCGACCCGCGCGUGUACGCCGGCUUCGACCCCGACGCGAUGGCGCGCCGCGCCCGGGAUCCGAACGCCGCGGUGGACGAGCUCUUCGCCGCGCUCGACGAGGACGCGUCGGGCUUCCUCGACGGCGCCGAGCUGGACGUCCUCGGUCCGUUCGCGAGGAUCAUGCUCAAGCUGAAUAACUUCGGGGACUACCACGAGGGGAACGCGACGUUCGCGGGCGGGUUCAAGGACAUCGAGGAUUUCACCGGGCCCGGGUCGACGACGGGCGUGAUCGAGCGGGGGGUGGUGGACGAGAUGCGGACGUACUUGGCCGGGUUCGGGUACGAGUGCACGUGGUGCGUCACGGUGGACGACUACAGGAACGCCCUGCGAUACGUCUGGGACUCGACCAAGGCGAACUGGAACGGGUUCGUCGCGAACGUCGACCCGCUGUACCACCCGUGGAGCUACGUCUUAUCCGGCGACGCGUUUUACCCGACGACGAGCGUCGGCGUGGACGCGUUCCCGAAGGACGGGCGCGUGUCCCCCGCGGAGCUCCGCGAGGCGUUUCGGUACAUGCUCGCGCACCAGACGGUCACCCCGUGGGCGGUGGCGCAGGCGGUGAGCGCGGCGCUGGACGCGAACCCCGACGCGGCGGAGUCCGCGGCGAUGCAGCUGUGCAGCGCGGACGUCGCCGCGGGAGACGACGCGCUGGGCGGGAUCCUGGUCGAGACGACGUUCCCCCCGGGGUGCCCGUACGGAUCGGAGAGCUGCGACACGCGGCUGACGAUCGAGCUCGGCGACGGGAAGGCGAACGGGAUGGCGCUCCGAUUAGACCUCGAGCCGGGGCAGAGGAAGGCGGUGCAGGUGGGGGUGACGGUGCGGCGGGAGCGGGGGAAGCCGGACGCGUACGAGCUUCGCGCGGACGAUCUCUUCUACGUCGGGAAGAACGACGACCGGAGGGCGAGUCUCCGCGUCGGGGUGAAGCAGUACGCCGAGGCGCUCGACACGGCCAGGCCGGGGACGUGGCUCACCGUGUUCGCCGCCGUCGGGGGGUUCGCGAGCCUGUCGCUCUCGAUCCUCUCGCUGGGGGUCGGGGCGAUCGCCGCCCUCGCGGAGAGGAGCGAGUCCGCGUGCGCGUGCCUCGGCGACGCCUUCGGGAGGGGAUGA